AUGUCGAGACGUGGGCUUACGGUCGCCGGGUUGGCUAUCGCUGGUGGAGCUGGCUACUACCUGUACAACGCUGGAGGCGACCCUAAGACUGCUGAGAAAAAAUUCGAAGCCGAUGCUUCCAAACUUUCUGCCGAGAUAAAGAAGGAAUUACCAGGCCAGAAAAAAGAAGCGGAGAAGAAGGCUGAAGCUUGGGCAUCGCAAGUCGGCCAGAAGGUCGACCGAACAUCUGCCGACGCCAAAAACAAAUUCGUGCAGGCCGAAGCUGACGCCAAAUCUAAAUUUGCCGAGGCCGAAGCCAAAGCCAAAGACUUUGGCUCCAAGACGAGCACAGAAUUCAACAGUGCCGUUGACAAGUUUGACAAGACGGUAGAAGAGAAAACAGCCAAAGCGAAGAGUGGGAUCAGCAGCUGGUUUGGUGGCAAGUAG